AUUUCUUUUGGGAGUCGACGAUUCUUAUUUGAUGAUAGAUUUCACAAUGAUUUUUUUUUUAAACCAAAACGAUCAUGACAACGAUCUUCACAUCUAAUCGUGAGUCGCUUUUCUGUUCCUCUGGUCACUUAAUCAUGUCGUAGGAUAAAAGGUCUGAAUCGACACAAGUGACUGGUUGUAUUAC